GAAGCCAAUCCUAAAAGUAGGCUGCUGUCAUCUUUUGUUUUUUUAACAUCAGAAUGCUUAAGGAAACAAAGCCACAACUACAAUUACACACAAGGCGUUUCAAUGAGUUUGUAAAGUAGAGGGAGCUGAAGACAUUAGGUACAGUCUGUCACUGCAUGUUUCAACGUGCAUGUGUAUGAGUUGGAAGUAUUUUUUUUCCACCAUGAAUGCAAAAUGCAGGAGAUUCUCCCUGGACAGCUCUGUCUGUCUGGAUGGAGUUGGACUUCUUACCGCAAGAAGAGGCAGCAGCAGGUUUGGCAGUAAGGAAUCCAAAAAGAGUCUGGACGAGGCCCGACAGGAGGUCCAGAAGUUCAGUCCCAACUCCAGCACGGCCCUCAGGGAGACGAGCAUCGCCGAGCGCUCCGAUGGGCCAGUCAGCAAUAACAGCUUCCUGAAGCACAAGAAGACCUUCCACAAACUGUUCCAGGAGAUCCCCGAGGGGGAGACGCUGACACACACCUUCACCUGUGCCUUGCAGAAGGAGGUGCUGUACCACGGGAAACUCUUUGUUUGUGAGAACUACGUGUGCUUCCACUCGUCGGUGCUGCUCAAAGACACCAAGGUGGUGAUCCCUGUGUCCAGCAUCACCGGGGUGAAGAAACAGCACUCAGCGUUAUCCAUGAUGUCUAUUCAAACUGCUGAUAGAGAAAAGUACUCAUUUGUGUCUUUGAGGAACCGUGAGGUGUGUUAUAGACUCAUCCAAGCGGCCUGUUCACAUGCACAGGAGGAGAGCGUCAACGGCAGCCCUCACGUCUCCUCUGCAGAGAACGAAGUUGAUCACGAUGUGGCCUCCAGUUACUCCAGUUUGGAGGACAGCGUAGAUCUGAGCGUUCCCCUUGACAACGGCUUCCCUCAGAUGUCCAGUGAAGGUCCUUCAGGAUGCAGUUCCACCCGUCAAAACAGCCUAACAGACGAGGACGACAGAGGAGAGUCUGUAAGGUGGAUUUGGAGGAUCACUGAGAUGGUCUUUCCGCUUUCCUUCCUCCGAGAAAUUCUCAGUCUCAGGGUUCUCGUUUUUGUCUACAUGAUGCUGGUGGUGUUGCUCCUGUUGGGGUCCGGGUACAUCGGGCUGAGGAUCUUAGCACUGGAGGAGCAGCUGACUGAGUGGUCUCUACGCUACAGAGAGUACCAACAAACGUAGACCAGGGGCAGGA